CUCUCUCUCUCUCUCUCUCUCUCUCUCUCUGUUUCUCUCUUUCUGUGCAAUGGCUUCCAUAAUGCCCCUCCUCUGCAUUCUCUCUCUUGCCUCGCUGCUUCUCCCAACCUCUGCUCGAAUCCCCGGAGUUUACUCCGGCGGCCCCUGGCAGUCCGCUCACGCCACCUUCUACGGCGGCAGCGACGCUUCCGGAACUAUGGGUGGUGCUUGUGGCUAUGGAAAUCUGUAUAGCCAAGGGUACGGGGUGAACACGGCGGCUUUAAGCACGGCUCUGUUCAACAAUGGGCUGAGCUGCGGCGCGUGCUUCGAGAUCAAGUGCGACCAAGACCCUAAAUGGUGCAACCCUGGAAGCCCCUCCAUCAUCGUCACUGCCACCAACUUCUGUCCUCCCAACUUCGCUCUUCCGAGCGACAAUGGCGGAUGGUGUAACCCCCCACGCCCCCACUUUGACCUCGCCAUGCCCAUGUUCCUCAAGAUCGCUCAAUACCGUGCCGGAAUCGUCCCCGUUAACUACCGCCGGGUGGCAUGCAGGAAGGUGGGGGGAACAAGGUUCACGAUCAACGGAUUCCGUUACUUCAACUUGGUUCUGAUCACCAACGUGGCGGGUGCAGGGGAUAUCGUGAGGGUGAGCGUGAAGGGAAGCAAGACGAACUGGAUGAGCAUGAGCCGCAACUGGGGGCAAAAUUGGCAAUCCAACGCCGUGCUGGUGGGGCAGGCCCUCUCCUUUAGGAUCACCGGCAGUGAUAGACGCACCUCCACAUCCUGGAACGUGGCGCCUCCUAAUUGGCAGUUCGGCCAAACCUUCACCGGAAAGAAUUUCCGCGUCUGAAAUUUCAUUUUCACUUUCCCGCCGAAGACUUCCCUUUAUUUUCCCGGGAAUGUUUUUGAAGCCCUGGCGACUCAAACUCAGAUAGCGUCAAAAGUAAGACUAGAUAGGAAAAAGUGGGAGUGACUUUUACAUAUUAUUAUAGUAUUAUUGUGAGCCAAUAUGUGUGAAGUGUGAUUAUGAAUGUGGCAUUUAACUUCUUUUUUAUUUUUUUGGGUUAGCAAGUGUUUAAAAGUGUAAUUGCUGGUUUAUAUUAAUUAAUCACCCAGCAGUGAUGUGAGUGAGAUUGUUGAAUGAGUGUGGAAGAGGGCUGGGCUGGGCUGAGGUGGCUGCAAAAGAAGGUGCAUGUGGCCCGCAGCCUGCUGCCUACAUUAAAGUUAAAUGCUACUAUUAUCAGUGUCAUUUCCGUAAAAUAUAUGCCUAUUUCUGUUUUCAUUGUUUUCA